AUGAUAUUUCGUGGAGCAUCGGCGGGCAUAGGUGGAUAUAAUCUAUCGCUUCAAGCAAAUCAAUUAAGUCUAUCUUCUAUAUGGUUAGAAAGUGGACCCUCAAUAGAACUUAAUAGUAUAAAAGCCGGAAUCGGAGUUCAUCCAAAUUUAUAUGGAGACAACCAACUACGAUUAACGGGUCAGUGGACGGCAGAUGGUUUAAAAAAAACAGGAUGUUACAAUAUUCUGUGCUCGGGUUUUGUGCAAGUUAAUCGUGACAAAGAGUAUGCUCUUGGAACUAUCCUUCAUCCGGUUGGUUCAAUUGGAUCAAUAAAAAAUCAAUUGGUCUUAUCAAAAUUAAACAGGAUCGAUCUACCAGUCAUUGGUGGUUAA